AUGGGCUUUGUCAGGCUGGUUAUCCUUCUGUUUUCCAUUCUGCUGAUGACUCAGUCAAUCUUUGGGUCUCCCUUCAAGCAAGAUCAUGACAAAAGGAGUCUUGGAUCGUCUUCUAAAGGCACUGAGGUAAAAUAAAUAUAUUGUCUUUGAAAUAAGAAACGAUCGGCGUUAAAGACAAUGUUGGUAUCGAACAUGAAAGUUUCUUUUAGGGGUGAUAUCUACGAAAACGCAACUCAAUGUUCCAAUCGAAUGUCGGUUGUUUCAGUCAAACAAAAUAAUCCCGAAUUGACAAUAAAAAAUCCCGGCCAAACUCCAGCCUCCCGUUCAGCUUUCUAAUCUCGAAACUCGCGCCCCUUUUUUUCCAAGACACAUCGGAGUCCCCUUGUCGAGAGUUUGCCAAUUGUGCGCGUGUAGUGCGGCGAGUAGAUACUAUAGGUAGUCUUACACCACAACGUUUGAAUGUGUAAUUAACAUGUUUAUAAUUUCAAGCUGUAAAUCGAUUGAGUGAGUUCUUUGCGAUUUGUUUCCCAAUGACCAAUACAAUGUUCAGUUUGGCGAAGUGUAAAUCUGAAUGAUUACACAGAACAGUACAUGGUGAUUUCGCUCAGGCUUGCAGCAAUAAUUUUAGCCCUUUCGAUUUCACUUGUGCGCCUUAAAUGUAUUGAAACACACGCGAGAAGAAAAAUUUGACAAAAAAAACUCAUGGCAGUUUGUAUUCAAUGAAAUGACCUUAGUGGACAUAUUUUUCUUUACAGGUUCAGAGGCGACAUGGCUCGUCCUCAAUCUCUGCUUUUAAAGAAGAAGAGGAGAAAUACAAGCGCGGAAACUCGACGGGUAAAUGCAUUUCUUAAAGUUUCGUACAGUAGCCAGCUAAAACAAAAGAAAAGAAGAAAAAAGAAACUGAGAAGUAACUGCACAGAGGCGGGCUGUUUUGUCGACCAAACUAAACUAUUCAUCACAGUUGUUAGAUUAUUCUGCAAAAAUGAGAACUUUCGGCUAAGCCGUGAAUAUUUGUUUUAAAACAAGUAAGUGUGAAACUCUGAUAUUUUUCUUGUUUUUAGUUAAAAUUGCUGCUGGUGUUAUCAUCGAAGGUACUUUACUUGGCUUGGAAAUUCUUAACACAAUUUUAGACACCCUUGGUAACAUCAACCGUAAGGUCGCAAUUGGUGUUGAUAACGAAAGUGGAUAUGAAUGGGAAGCAAUCAACGUCUACUUUUCUUCAGGGACGUCAGAUGACGUUUUACCUAUGGAAGUGCCUUCAGGUAAAAUUAAUGUCAAUUACGUAAAAAUUUUGAAGCUUUCUUUCAGUAAUAACACUGAGGCCAAAUGGAAGGUGUGAUCAUUUUUAAUUAUUACUAAUCCAUUUCGUUUUUCCUUUCAUAUCAACAUUUUCUAAUCCCUGCGAGGUUUAAGAAAAAAUAAAGUCUGAAAGAUUCUGGUCUUAUUAGUAGUAAAAUAAGCUCAUUGUGCGAGUGACCUAUUCCUAAAUGAAACCACAGGCGAAAUCAGCAACCACUUACGUUACCGGAAGAAAAAACUGUAUAAGAGGAUUUGCCCUUUAUUGAAAUUUUGCUGACAACAGGUUUACGUUUUGCUUCGUCAAUAUGCAGAUUUUUUUCAGUCUGAAAACGGCAACGUGACGCCAAGGGUUAAAAGAGCAAUUUAACUUAGUUUUCUGAGUGUUUAAGGUUCAAAAUGAUCACCCGGCCUUUGCGUGCGAUAUUUGAAAGAUAAGGAAUCACAAAACAAAAAAUGUAAGGGUGCCAGUUAGUAAGCCCACACAUUCUUCGUAAAACUUCCCUUGUAACGUAGGAUAUAUAAUGCAAAUACUUUUCAACUAUCCCCCCAAAGGUGAGGUGAAUAGUAGUGGGUAUAUAUACCGAGACGCGAAGCGUCGAGCCAUAUAUCUAGCGCUGUUCACCCACCCUGAGAGGGAUAGUUGUUUUAGUAUUUACCAAAUCAGUUGAAUAAAAAUGAAAAAAGUAACUUUUGGUAAAUUAAAAACGUCACUUACUCGGAAUUUUCUUUGCAAUCUACAAAUAUUUCGGGGGUUUUGUCAAGUGCAUUUAUGAUUUUGUUGCAAGUUCAGUAUGAGAAUAAUUUUCUAUACCUACCAGUAAACACCGACAAGCCAAAGUUCGUCGCUGUCUUGGUAUUUGUUUGUACGACUGCUUCAUUUAUAGCUCAACUUUCGUCUUCCGAAAAUGUCUCGAAACGAGACGCUAUUUUGGUUCCGGUCGCAAAACAGUGAAUAGCCAAUGAUAUUCUGAGUUACGGGAGCCAAUCAAAACCCGCGAAAAUUGCUAUUUACUGAUUUGGUAAAUAGUAAUAUCUGGUAUAUCGGAUUUACGUUCUUUCAAUAUUCUGAAUUGAGAACCUUGUAAACAUAGAUUGGCUUAUUCUGCCCAUGUACUAAGAGCCGGGGUGUUCCUUGUACAUGCCCCUGUCCCUAUUCUGUGGUGCUCGGUGGCCAUGUAUACUUGCGAUGGAUGAUCAUGUUAAUGAUAUUUGUCUAACUGGCAAAUAUUUUGCCUGUUUCUAGGUAAAGCCUUGCUUUACGGUGCACGAAAAACUUCGGGGCCCGUUGCAACAGGCGUUGUAGGAGUAUUUACAUACUACAUCCGUGACAUCCACAAAACACUUGCUGUCAUGUUCUCCAUUCCAUUUGACUACAACUUGUACAGCAAUUGGUUUGAUGCUCAGGUUUACAGUGGGAAAAUAUGGGCCGACCACGGUCUUUAUGAGCAGAUGUAUUACGAUGAUCCCUUCAGAGGGAAUAACGGCUGGCACGAAAGGAAUCUCCAAUCGCCACUCAAAAUGAAGGGUGCUAUGUCCAGCUCCGGUCAAGCGACUGUUCUAAUUCACAUACGGAAGCAGUAAUGCCGGGUUAGAAUAGCCUAAGAAAACGUUAAUAUGCAAACCGAUUUCUUUUCUUAAUAACAUGUGAGUGCCAUUGUCAGAUUGCUAGCCAGAUAAACCAAAGUAACUGAACAUUUUCUGAUUGUUUUACAUGCACAGAAGAACCUCCACAAAAGAAUUUAAGGCUGUUUUGUAUAUAGUUCGGCAAAGACAAAGAGUUCAGUAACCACAAAUUCAGUUCAAUAAAGACAUACAAUUUUCUUCGCCAUAUUAGCAAUCUUUUUUGAAUUUGAAUAAUGUAGUUUUAGUGCAGUAUAAUGAAGACACAAUAAGUCAAUAGCUAUGACUCUCCCAAUUGUUAGCUGCCAACUAUUAGAUAAGGUGGCGCGCUGCUCUAUUUUAGGAGAGGCCCACACCACCUUCCCCCGCGUCCUCUAUUUGAACCAAAAUACGAAGCAUUGAUUAAAGCAUUUUUAAGGUUGUUGUGCUUUUGUAUCUUCAUAGAGCUACUUUGAAAAACCCCUUUAGUAGCACAUGAUGUAAAUAAACAUGAAGGGCAUGGACACUAUGAACUUGUUGGUUACUACUCUUGGUGUUCUUUGAACUAUUUUGUCUUCAUUGUACUGCACCAAAACAAAACUACAUUAUUCUAUUAAAAAACAGACUGCUAAUUUAAAGUAGAGGAAUAUACAUAUUCUUUCUAAAUUGUAUCUCUUUAUUGAUCGAGCUCAAGUUGUAGUAAACUAUUUGUCUUUUUAAUUACUGAACUAUACACAAAAAAUAUCUUCCGUUUGUCUUAGGCUACCACCAUGAGGCCUGGUAAUCGCCGGGAGGCGACUCUUAAAAGGAGGGGGAAUAAUAUGUAGACAUUUUCUAAAACUUUUGUUUCCUUUCUGUUUUUUUCUAUCAACGCGCUCUCCAAAAGAAAACACAAAAAUGGCGUCGAGUUGUUGGGUAGAGCUAUGGUCCCGCUGAGGACCACUUUGUACGAAUAAUGACAAAAUUGUCAGAGCGAAGCGCGAGGGAAGUGCCGAUGCAACUUCAAGUCAAAAACUCGAAGGAAUUAAAAUUUGAAGAAAUUGGAAGUAAGGUGCCUGCACAUGGUAUUCCCUUCUUUUAAGGUGUAGUUUAAAAAUUAAUCUUUUUUGUCUUAUUGCUGUUGCUUAGCUAUAUGUAUUCGCUUUCGCUGGCUUAAAAUGAAAGAAAAAGACUAAAAUUCAAAACUCAAAAAAAUAAUAAGUAUUAGAGUUAGGAGUAUUUACCAUGGAUAACCAUUAGUUUUGGUAAGGCGAUUGUCAAAGGAACCGACCUUUCCAACCUUAAAUAAUAACCAUGAUAGAAACAACUGAGAUCGUACUGUUAAUAGGAAAAAACAAUUAAAGGUAUUGUGAUGUGUACCUUUGACCGCCGCCACAUGUGAAUCAAUCACCUUACAUUAUCCAUUUCUGCUUGCUUGCUUAAGUAUAAUCGCUUACUGUAUUUAACCGAUUAUUGUAUUUCUACCGCGGAAAGGACUGACGAAAGAGCCAUUAUCAAGUUUUAAACUCCUAAAUUCCAAUAUUUAUUGGUUUGUUGCAAGUUGUUUGGACACUAAUUAACACAAUUUAGUUGUUUGAUUUAACGAAACCGCCUCUUUUCGGUUCUCGACUAUAGGUACCUUAUUUAAAGGAAAUAUUUAAUCUAGGUGGUGGGAAACAUCUAUAUUUGCGUAAUGUUGCAUUUAUAUUCUACUAGGCCGUUUCCAAAGCCGUUUUUUAAGAAGACGUAUUAGAGCAAUUAUCGCUUGGAAACCACGCGCUAAAUUGGGAACAAGGCAGCUGGUCAC